UAAAGGUGUAAUCAAAGAAACACGAACCUCUCUAUCGUAUUCUCGAUUCGACGCAAAAGAUGAAGGUCCUAGCAGUCGUAUUGUUGGUGGCAGUAGCCGCAGCAGUGAACAGCUAUGAAGCGCAAGAAGCCAAUGUGUUCUAUGAGGAACUAGAUAUGGAGGAAUCAGAUCCAUCGGUGGCACGGCGAUUGCACUAUCAAUGGGGAUCCGUUGGACCUGAUGACAGACUUAUAUCCGCCACAUAUCACGAGGCGUACGGCAUGGAAUAUCAGAUUAAUGAUCAAGAAGUGACAUACCGGGGGAAUGAGAAAACGAAUAUAACCAGUAUUAUAGUCCGAGAGUACUUAAGCAAUUAUACUACAGUCACCAUCCUGGACGGCGGUUUGUACAGAAACCAUGUGACUCUUGGUCUUAAAGGUCUGAGAUCACUACAAAUCGGAUGCCACAUUAGCAUCUAUGCUACUGUAAACUGUUCUAAUAUGUAAAUAAAUAAUUUAAAAA